ACCCUCAUGGAGAGAAAACAACACUUUGUGUUAGUUCACAACGCUUACCAUGGAGCCUGGAUCUGGUUCAAGCUCAAACCUCUCCUUGAAUCCGCCGGCCACCGCGUCACUGCCGUCGAGCUAGCCGCCUCCGGGAUCGACCCACGACCAAUCCAGGCCGUUGAAUCCUUCGACGAAUACUCCCAACCGUUGAUCAAAACCCUCGAAGCUCUCCCGGAGAAUGAGCAGGUGAUUCUCGUUGGAUCUAGCUUGGGAGGCUACAACAUUGCUCUUGCCGCCGAUAAAUUCCCGGCCAAAAUUAAGGUUCUUGUGUUCGUCAACGCCUUCUUGCCCGACACAACACACGUUCCCUCUCACGUGCUAGAUAAGUAUAUGGAGAUGCCUGGAGAUUUUGAAGACUGUGAGCUUUCGUCUCAUGAAACAAGAAAUGGAACAAUGAGUUUGUUAAAGAUGGGACCUAAAUUCAUGAAGAAUCGUCUCUACCAAGAAUGUCCUAUUCAGGAUUAUGAGCUUGCAAAAACAUUGCAUAGACAAGGGUCGUUUUUCAUAGAGGAUUUAUCGAAGAAAGAAAAGUUUAGCGAGGAAGGGUAUGGUUCGGUGCCACGAGUUUACAUAAUGGGUAGUGAAGACAAAGCCAUUCCGUGCGAUUUCAUUCGUUGGAUGAUUGAUAAUAUCAACGUCUCAAAAGUCUACGAGAUCGACGGUGGAGAUCACAUGCUGAUGCUCUCUAAACCCCAACAACUUUUUGACUCUCUCUCCGCUAUCGCUGCCAAUUAUUAG